CUGGCUGCCUCUGCACAUCACAUUCAAAUGAUGCCAUCCACAGCCAUUCCCAGCCUGUCUUGGAUGCUGUUCUGCUGCUUGAUGCUCCUGUCUCAGGUCCAAGGGGAAGAUUCCCAGAAGGAACUGCCCUCUGAACGGAUCAGCUGUCCCAAAGGCUCCAUGGCCUAUGCGUCCUACUGCUACGCCUUGUUUAUAACACCCAAAACCUGGAUGAAUGCAGAUAUGGCCUGCCAGAAGAGGCCCUCAGGACACCUUGUGUCUGUGCUCAGUGGGGCAGAGGGAUCCUUUGUGGCCUCCUUGGUCAAGAACAGUUUGAAAACUCCCUCAGAUGUCUGGAUUGGGUUCCAUGACCCCACAGAGGGCACUGAGCCCAAUGCCGCUGGGUGGGAGUGGAGUAGCACUGAUGUGCUCAAUUAUGUUGCCUGGGAGACAAAUCCUGCAACCAUCUCAAACUCUGGCUCCUGCGGAAGCCUGUCAAGAAGCUCAGGGUAUCUGAAGUGGAAAGCUUAUAACUGCUCUGUGAACUUACCCUAUGUCUGCAAGUUCAAGGGCUAG